ACCCUUUCCAGCGCGUGCGUGCGCAUGCGCGGAAUGCGGAGCGCGGUGGUUGGGCUGUUGGCUGUACGGCCUUGGGAUCUGCCGCGUCUCCACGAGCAGUCCGCUGUGAGUCACGAGUCGCUGUGAGCACUUGGAUUCCAGUGGGUGCUAACGAGCUUGGGGGCGUAGCCCACAGCGGCCAAGCUCAUGGCCGGCUGAGCGGGACGCCGCCUCCGCCUCAGCCACCGCCGCCGCCGCCGCCGCCCCCUCCUCCUCAGCCGGCGGCGGCCCGGGCCCAGCAGCCAUGGCCGAAGACUACUGGGACGGGCGCCUGCGGCGAACUGGAGGAAAAGGAGGUCGCGCGGCCUUAUUCAGGGCCGCCGCCCCAGGCGCCACCGCGCCGGCCCCGCGGCUCUGAGGUUGCUCGCGCGCCCCCGCCGGUUGCCAUGGAUCGGAUGAAGAAGAUCAAACGGCAGCUGUCAAUGACACUCCGAGGGGGCCGAGGCAUAGACAAGACCAAUGGUGCCCCUGAGCAGAUAGGUCUGGAUGAGAGUGGUGGUGGUGGUGGCAGUGACCUUGGAGAGGCCCCCACCCGUGCUGCCCCUGGGGAGCUUCGCUCUGUGCGGAGUCCACUCAGCUCUGCACCAGAGAUUGUGCACGAGGACAUGAAGAUGGGCUCUGAUGGGGAGAGUGACCAGGCUUCAGCCACAUCCUCAGAUGAGGUGCAGUCUCCUGUGAGAGUGCGCAUGCGCAACCACCCCCCACGCAAGAUCUCCACUGAGGACAUCAACAAGCGCCUGUCGCUUCCAGCUGACAUUCGGCUGCCUGAGGGCUACCUUGAGAAGCUGACCCUCAAUAGCCCCAUCUUUGAUAAACCCCUUAGCCGUCGCCUUCGCCGUGUCAGCCUGUCGGAGAUUGGUUUUGGGAAACUGGAGACAUAUAUCAAGCUGGACAAGCUGGGUGAGGGCACCUAUGCUACAGUCUACAAAGGAAAAAGCAAGCUUACUGACAACCUUGUAGCACUCAAGGAGAUCAGACUGGAACAUGAAGAAGGGGCACCCUGCACCGCCAUCCGGGAAGUGUCCCUGCUCAAGGACCUCAAACAUGCCAACAUCGUAACACUACAUGAUAUCAUCCACACGGAGAAGUCCCUCACCCUUGUAUUUGAGUACCUGGACAAGGACCUGAAGCAGUACCUGGAUGACUGUGGGAAUGUCAUCAACAUGCACAACGUGAAACUGUUCCUGUUCCAGUUGCUCCGUGGCCUGGCCUACUGCCACCGGCAGAAGGUGCUACACCGAGACCUCAAGCCCCAGAAUCUACUUAUCAAUGACAGAGGAGAGCUCAAACUGGCAGACUUUGGCCUGGCCCGUGCCAAGUCAAUCCCAACUAAAACGUACUCCAAUGAGGUGGUGACAUUGUGGUACCGGCCCCCUGACAUCCUGCUUGGAUCCACUGACUACUCUACCCAGAUUGACAUGUGGGGUGUAGGCUGCAUCUUCUAUGAGAUGGCCACUGGCCGGCCACUCUUCCCGGGCUCCACAGUGGAGGAACAACUGCACUUCAUCUUCCGCAUCCUGGGAACCCCAACGGAGGAGACAUGGCCAGGCAUCCUGUCCAAUGAGGAGUUCAGAACAUACAACUAUCCCAAGUACCGAGCUGAGGCCCUUCUGAGCCACGCACCCCGACUUGAUAGCGACGGGGCUGACCUCCUCACCAAGCUGCUGCAGUUUGAGGGUCGCAACCGGAUCUCUGCUGAGGAUGCCAUGAAACACCCAUUCUUCCUCAGCCUAGGGGAACGGAUCCACAAACUUCCCGACACUACUUCCAUAUUUGCACUAAAGGAGAUCCAGCUACAAAAGGAGGCCAGUAUUCGGUCCUCGUCUAUGCCUGACUCAGGCAGGCCAGCUUUUCGUGUGGUGGACACUGAGUUCUAAGCCAAGUUCUAAAACAAGGUCCCAGCAGGCAGCAGCUGGAGGGAUGCCACACCCCUCACAGGGCAGCCCCCAUCUGCAGUCCUCCCUGCUUUCUGCCUGCCUCCCUGCCUGAGCCACACUCUCCUGCCCAUUUGUUCCCUGCCACUUGCCCAAACACCCAACCAUUGGCCUGUCAACCUACCCAUUGGCCUGUCUGCUGGGUGCUAACAAAGCUCUCACCACUACUUUGCUUGGUGUGUCUGUGUCUUGGUAGUUGCCGGCAGACAGCAUGGCCAUGCCAGCCUCCUGCAUUGAGGCCAGGCCUUCCGCUCUUCAUCACACUCUCCCCCAGGACCACUACCCCACGGCCAGCCAGGGGUUUGGAGCUAGUCCAGGCUAGAGCUCUCAUCUCGGACAAGAAGGUGGCGGUGCCUUGGGUCUCAGGCAUCCUCUGCCUGCUUUCCUUCCUGUCCCACCUGCAUCUGUUGUAUGGGCCUUCUAUUUUGUUAGUUUCUUUAAUUGUUUUUUUUAUUAUUUUAAAUGAGGUUCUCAGUUUUUUAAAUGCAAUAUCUCUAUAUACAGAGUGGUUGGGCCCCACCCCCUCUUUGUGGCACUCCCACAGUAUUUUGUGCAAUGAAGCCCCACUCCCAGCCUUUCAGAGGCAGGGACCCAGACCCUGUUUGGACCCUGACCAUCACUAGACCCUGGGAUCGGCUAUGGGAAAGCAUGCCUCAGCCAUUCACCUUCCUCUCCUGCCUGCUCUCCCCAGCUGCAGGGGGACCUGGGAUCUACUAGAGACUGGGAGAUGGACAUGUGGGGGCCCACUCUUUCCCUCCUGCAGUCCCGUACCCAGGGCCUCCUUCCUUCUCAGGGUCUCCCCCAACUCAGCCCUGCCCUCUGCCCUGUCCCAAUUGGUGCUGUUGAGUAGGGGCUCUGACAGGAACUGACCAACUCAGCGAGGAACUAUAUAUAGUGUGUAUAUGUGCACAAGCAGGGACAGAAGGACAUAUAAGGGCUUGUGCCCAGGUGUUGCCCCCUAAUCCCUGGGAGGGUUGAGGCAGGGUAGGGACAGUCUCCUGGUUGGUUGGGUGGGUGGUUUGCUCCCCUUCCUCCACCCUAAGCCCUGGGACCCUUAAAUGGGGUGGGAGGGCAAGGGAGGGUGCCCUCCAAGUGGGGUUUGGGGGGAUUGGGUUCCUGAAUGCACCAUAAUCACUGUAUGAAAUAUUAAAGUCUAAAGUGAAAAAA